AUGAAGGUUAUUCACAUUCUCUCUUACCUUUCCGCCAUGCUGGUGGCUACUGCAGCUGCGAAAAAGUCUUGCGCUCCUUUCCCUGAUUCCAUGGAAAUCUUUACGUCCGGAUUUGAGGAGCCAGCUCCUCCGCUGGUGAAAUCCAGCUACAACACCAGUUUUCUUCAGCAUAAAUGGAACGCAAACCUCUCUCACAUCACAUCCGGCUACAUCUACAACCUCCCCAAGCAAAACCUAGUCAUCUCCAACGAAGCCUACGACGGCAAUCUGGCUGCAUCCACAUUCAACUACGCCAACAUCUCCAAGGAUGGUUUAGUCGACAAUACGAUCAUUUACAUCCCCAUCGACGGCAAUGAUACGAAUUCCGAAAGUUAUCGAGGAUACGUCAAUCCUGGAUUUCCGCUUAUCAAGGAUGAUUUUUUGGUUUCAAAUGGUGCUUCGUAUGGAGGAUUGGUAAGGAGGGAGCUCUUGCCUGAUAAGGUUGCUUCUUGGAAGAUCAUGUAUCAGGGCUCUAUUCCUGUGACAGUCUACGUGGACAGUUGCGAUGUUGUUGUUGGUUAUGACUUUUUCUCGCCGUAUUUGAGGACUUAUGUGAUAACCAUGUACUUCAAUACUCAGACUGCUUAG